AAUUAUUUUACAUUGAAUUGAUUAAAUAUGUAUCUAAUAAAAUAAUUAAAUAUUGAACCAAAUUUCGCUCUCAACAAACAAAUUUAACAAAUAAUGUACAUUUGCUUUGUAGGUUAUGCAGAAAGUAAGUAAGGUUAAUCUAAUCAAGUCAACAAGUCAAUGAAAUGUACUGAGGCAGGUAUUUUUUUACAAAAGAAUAUUUUAUCUCGAACUGACUCGACUUGUAAUUUAUUUAUAAAAAUGCACAUUAGCGCACGGUACAUUUCUUACAAAGCAGCUAGAAACUGGUAUGCAAAUUUAAAAUUAGUUAAACCAACACCUCAAGAUCCUCCAUUUAAACAUGUAGUCCAAAUAGGGGAUCCAACCUUGAGACAAGUUGCUGUAAAACUAUAUGAAGAUGAAAUAGGAACUCCAGAAAUUCAGUUUCUUAUAAAGCGACUUAAAUACGUAUUUAAAAAAUAUAAUUGUGUUGGCCUUUCAGCUCCACAAAUAGGAGCAUCUUUUCAAAUAUUGCUUGCUGAAUUUAAUCAUGAUCACUUGAAAAUUUAUUCAAAAAAGGAAAUUGAAAGUAAAGAAAUAACUCUUCAACCAGAAACGGUUAUUAUAAAUCCAGUUAUGAAGGUUCUCGAUUAUAAUAAGGUUAUAUUUUCUGAAUCAUGUGAAAGUGUCAAAGGUUUUUAUGCCGAUGUUCCUAGGUAUAGAAAAAUUGAACUUAAAGGUUUAACAGAGGAAGGAAAGCCUAUUUCACUAAUAGCCCAAGGUUGGUGGGCAAGAAUUCUUCAACAUGAAAUAGAUCAUCUUAAUGGAAAAUUAUAUACAGACAUUAUGGAGCCCAAAACGUUAACUUGCUCUUGUUGGAACAUUGUAAAUGAAAGAGGCGGACGUGUACAAAUUCCAUUUGGUCACCAGUGAAAAUAUUUUUUUAUAGUACUAUUUUUACAAUAAAAACACAAUACACAAUCUAGUAUCUCAUUUAUUCCUAAAAUAAUAAGAAGUGUCAAAAUGAAGAAAAUAUAUACAAUUACUAGCAUUGCUUCUUGUAUUCUAUCUGGUACAUAAUAAACUACAUACUGUGUAUAUAUUCUUUUUCUUAUUUAAAAUUACAUACUUAUGAAAAAUUACACUACCAAAUAACUUAAGCAUUAGGUGCAUGUACCCAGGCAGCUGUAGAUGUUUGGGGUUCUCCCGCUCUUAUUUCAUUGGGGUACGUUACAAGAAACAGCUCAUGGCCAUUGAUAUACCUAAAAAUAUAAAAAUAUGUUACAAUGUAAUUUUCGCAAUAAUUAAAAUAUACUCACAAAUUUCGAUUUGUGGGCACCCUAACUGUUCUCUCAUCAUCGUCCAAUUCUUCUUGAGUAUACUCUGUCAAUAGCUGCCCAGCAGCUUCUUCAUCUUCAAUAUGCAGCUCACUACUCAACUCCUCUUCUUCCUCAACUAUUUCCACUUUUUCAACUUUGGAGAGGGUGCGCACGGACUUGGCAGUGGCCGUCGGUCCCUUCGAAUGAGUUUUCUGAUGUCUUUUCAUAUCGGAUCUUACACGGAACGGCUUUCCGCACACGCCGCACAUGUGAGGCUUCUCGCCUGUGUGAAUCUUGCGAUGGUUCUGUAGGUAAGAUGAGGCUCGAAAAGAUUUUCCACAGAAUUCGCAUUUAUAGUUACGCUCGCCUGGAAAAAAUUUCACAGAUAUAAAAUUCCACGGUAUAAAUUAUGGCUACAAUCUCUCACAAGAGUACUAAGAAACUUUAAUAAAUUUAAUCACUUAAUGUACCCAUUUAUUUUGAUUUUUUGGUCAAAAAAUGAUCAAUUUUUUUAAAGUAAAAAUUUUGUGUUUAUGCUUAUUAAAAUAAAAAAAAUAAUAUUUUCAGUGGCG